AGCGAGCGACGCUCAGUUCUUUUCCUACAGCAGGACGGGCGAGUGUGUGCGGACACAGCAGAAUCAACCACCAUGUUGGCCACCAAGAAAGUUCAGGAGACCGCAGCUGUGGAUCUGGGUGCUCUUCUCGAUGAGAGUGACGGCGCCAUAGUGAUUCUGGUGGCAGGGCAGACGCGUCUGGUGGCACACAGGGAAGUCCUGGCCGCCAGGAGCCCCGUCUUCGCGGCCAUGUUCCAGCACGACACACUUGAGGCCAGCACAGGUGAAGUCAGCAUCACGGAUAUGGAGGGCCCAGUUUUGCGCCAGCUGCUCUCAUACAUGUACACACUCCAGGCCCCCCCGCUGUCCAGCAUGACCCCACAAAUGCUGGCAGUUGCUGAUAAGUACGGCUUGUCGGCCCUGAAGGCUGCUUGUGAGCAGCAGCUGGCCACGCAGCUGACCGUGGAGAACGCGGCAGCCACAGCUGUCCUGGCAGUGAGGCACUGCUGCCCAAGCCUGACUCCGGCUUCAGUCGCCUUCAUAAAAGACCACAACUUCCGGGUAAUGGCUACACAGGGCUGGGCAGACAUGAUGCGUAGCCACACUGAAGAUUUGAUUGAAGUGAGUCACCUGCUUGAUGAACCACCAGAAGAAAUCAGGAGUCUUUCGGUCGAGGAGAAAGGCAGGAGGCUGAUCCAGGCAGCUGAGGAGGGGGCAGUGGAGGAGAUACGGACUCUGCUCGCCGCAGGUGCUGACUUAGGAGUGAGGGACAAGUACAUGGGGACCGCCCUGCAUUGUGCAGCGAGGGAGGGACACGUAGAUGCAGUGAAGUUUCUGGUGGAGUGUGGUGCAGCCCUGGAAGACAGGAACAGGAAGCAGAGCACUCCUCUGCACUUAGCUGCAUGGAAAGGCCACGUAGCUGUCGUGCGGCUGCUGCUGGCUUAUUCUGCGGACCCCAACGCCGAGGGUGACUGUGGGUGGACGCCACUGCACUUUGCGGCAUGCUAUGGCCACACAGAAGUGGUAGCUGCGCUGCUGGAGGCGGGAUCUGACAGGGGAGCAAGAAAUAACAGGGGGAAUACGCCACUGGACCUUGCUAUAAAUGACAAUCACCAGCAGGUCAUAGGGAUUCUCACAUGAAGUUUACAAGUCAACAAACAUCAGAAGAAAAACACACCACUGGACCUUGCUAGAAAUAACAAUCACCAGCAGCUCAUAGGGAUUCUAACGUGAAGUUUACAAGGCAACAAAAAUCAGGAGGAAAACAAACAAAGCACCACGUCAUGACUUAACAUUACCUUUAAAUAAAGUAUUAAUCCUGCGUCCAGUGUUUGCACCCAUCACUGUGUAGUGCAUGUUCUACUCCAGUAACAACUCAGCAAUAGGUACAACAUGGAUAGUAACGCAAGUAAUGUAAGUAUUCUUUCUCAUUAGGAAAAGAUCUGAAAAACGUUAGUUGAGCAACCAUUUUAACGCUCGAGCAGUCCUGUCAGUUUUGUAACAUCUGUAGUCGCCAACCAGCCUUCAUGUUCUUUAGAGGCACGAAAAAUAGUGCCUCAAUAUGUUUGGUAUUGAGAAAAAACUUUACUUUGCUUUUUACAUAAAUAAACAUAUAUGUCAAUGUUUGAA